CCUGUACUGUGUCCGCAGUCUCUGGUCAUCUCCUGUACUGUGUCCGCAGUCUCAGGUCAUCUCCUGUACUGUGUCCGCAGUCUCAGGUCAUCUCCUGUACUGUGUCCGCAGUCUCAGGUCAUCUCCUGUACUGUGUCCGCAGUCUCAGGUCAUCUCCUGUACUGUGUCCGCAGUCUCAGGUCAUCUCCUGUACUGUGUCCGCAGUCUCAGGUCAUCUCCUGUACUGUGUCCGCAGUCUCAGGUCAUCUCCUGUACUGUGUCCGCAGUCUCAGGUCAUCUCCUGUACUGUGUCCGCAGUCUCAGGUCAUCUCCUGUACUGUGUCCGCAGUCUCAGGUCAUCUCCUGUACUGUGUCCGCAGUCUCUGGUCAUCUCCUGUACUGUGUCUGCAGUCUUUGGUCAUCUCCUGUACUGUGUCUGCAGUCUCUGGUCAUCUCCUGUACUGUAUCCGCAGUCUCUGGUCAUCUCCU